CCUGCUCCGGGCACCGGCGCGGGGAGGGCGGCGCCGCGCCGGACCAUCCCAAGUGAGAUCUAAGUGACUCGCGUUCCAGAAUUGGGCACCUUGAUCUAUGGCUGGCUGAGUUCUCUGUCGCGGCCCGAUAUAACUGUUGAGCGUCUGUAAAAUGGCUUUACGCUUCCGCAGUUUAAUCCCAUAUGCCAUACCUGGAGUGCUGGCACUUCUUGGCUGCUGGUGGAUCUAUUCCCCUAGGAAAAAGCAUGCAAGCUAUCACGACAAUCAAGCAAUACCUGUCAAAGAAGAGCAGCAGGAAGAAGUGCCAGAGGAUGUUUCAUCACCCAAACCAGAAGCAUGUGUUCCUCGAAGACUGCCUGUCUUGUCAGAGGAGCAAUGCCCAGAGAAUGAAACCUCGACCUCCCUGCUGUCAGCAGGGUCGACGACGCCCUCUCUCCUGUGUCAAACUCCUGAGAGGCUAGAUCUCUCACGGGACCUUCCAGACCUGUCAGUAACGACAAUUCAGCCCAGCACGCGUGAGGACGACAGUGAAAAACUAGAAACAUUAGGAUCUCAAGAUGAAAGCAGCGUCCCUGCUUGCGUUUCUCUCCCUCUGAUCUCAAAGAGCCCGGAGUGUCACAGCAGCGCUGCAGUGAGCCUUACCCAGGAUUCAAGCUCUAGUGCAAACCAAGAUCAGUGCCCACCAGCAUCAGUGACACUGACGCAGAAGUCUUUGGGAAUCACGGAGAUCAGCAAUGCAGAGCGGUCAGAUGAUUCUUCGUUUAAGCCCCCUAAGGAAAGCCAGAUGCCGGAAAUUGUGCUGUCGGGUACUGGCUCGGUGACAGCCCUUUGCUUGGGAUUGGAGAAGGAAGCCAAUAGCCCACAAGCUUUUCUCAAUAAUGAAGUUGUAUCAAGUCACAAGGAUUCUGCAGUGAGCAUGUUACCGGAUAGUUCGGAGUCUGCCUGUUUGGAGCAGUCCAGGGAAGAAGAGAUGUCUGAAUCAAUUGCCAGUACUGUACCUGUGUGUCAGGAGGACACACAGCCAAAAGGAGAUGAAUUGGAAAGGGAGAAUAUUGGAGAAGUGAGUUUGGACAAGGAAGAAGUUGAGAAAAUUGAGCAAGUAGCAAUACAGAUAAUUUCCAAGGUCAUUUUGGCAGCAUCUGAGGAAGUGCUGUCUGGUUCUGCAGGCGAUGUGUCCACUCAGAUCUGCCAGGCUGCUGCCAGCCGAGCUGAGAGACCUCUGGAGACAGCAACCGUUGUUUCCUCUGAUCAGAUGCUUGCGGAGGAAACUGCGGGAGGGGGUGACAACAUUGCUGUGAGGAGCGAUGCUGUGGUACUGACAUCCCCGCAGACCGAGGAACAGGACCAGAGUGUGACAGAUUCCAGCUGUUCAACACACGGCUGUUUAUCCAGCCCUGUUCAGGGAGGCACAAAAGACUGUCGGAUGAAGAACCGUGUGUGCAGUGAGUCCCAAGGAGUUGAUCGGACUCCUGUGGAAAACCAUGGAGAGUCACUGGAAAAGUCUCCUUUGGUUAUGGAGGACUCUGGGUGUAGCACAUACACAUCUGAAGGUGGGACAAGCGUGAAGGACUCAUUGCAGAACACAACGCUGUCUGUUGCAUCAGGCCAGCAUUCGGACUCACUGAGCAUAUCUGCAACCCAAGACACGUCUGCUGAGCAGAGCUCAGUAUCAAGUGAAAAACCUCCUACUCUGAAGCUACCUGAAGACAGCAAAGUGCCAUACAGUAAUGGGAUACUGAAAGAGGGCGGUCCAGACUCGCAUCAUGAGCAUGGAAGGGUAGCAAGGUUGGACGGAGAUGACUCGGGAGGUUUGGAUGUAAAAAGCGUGGAUUUUGUGGACAGUGGCUGUGCCAUGAGGAAGACAGUGACUCGCCAGAACUCUAAGCUAGGAGGAGAACCCAGCAAGUCCGACUUCGUUAUCUGGGAAAUAGAGGUCCCAAAGGACUUAGUUGGCCGCUUGAUCGGCAAACAAGGAAGAUACAUGAGCUUCCUGAGGCAGGCAUCUGGUGCCAAAAUUUAUGUCUCAACACUACCUUAUUUCCGUGACUCCCAAGUCUGUCACAUCGAAGGCUCCCUGCAUCAAGUAGAAAAAGUACUGAGCCUGAUCGGCAAGAAGUUCAAAGAGCUGUGUCUCACCAACAUCUACGCUCUACCUCCACCAACACCAUUGACGCUUCAUUCCCUCCUUAUGACUGCCUGGCUGUUCCUCCCAGAUGGAGUCACUGUAGAGGUGGUCGUGGCAAACCAAGUCGAUGCAGGGCACAUGUUUCUACAGCAGCAUACACACCCCACUUUCCAUGUCCUGCGUAGCCUGGACCAGCAGAUGUAUGCCUGCUAUUCCCAGCCUGAAAUUCCAACCCUGCCAACUCCGGUAGAAGUUGGUAUCAUCUGUGCGGCUCCAGGCCAGGAAGGGGCAUGGUUACGGGCUCAAGUUAUUAGCUACUUCGAAGAGACCAGCGAAGUCGAGCUCAGAUACGUGGACUAUGGAGGAUAUGACAAAGUGAAGAUCGAUACACUCAGACAAAUCAGGUCUGACUUCUUAUCACUACCUUUCCAAGCAGCAGAAGUUUUACUAGACAACGUGGUGCCACUUCCAGACGAGGAUCACUUUUCAUCCGAAGCUGACGCAGCUGUUAGUGAGAUGACCAGAGGCGCAGUCCUAGUGGCGCAGGUCACAAAUUACGACAACGCAACAGGUCUGCCACUGAUACAGCUGUGGAACUUGAUGGGAGAUGAGGUGGUGUCCAUAAACAGAACUUUGGUGGAAAGAGGAUUUGCUCAGUGGCUUGACUACUAGCAAUGUCCUAGAUGCCUCGACAGCUCUUUCCGCAGAGAAAAACAAAAGAAGAAAUCUUGUUUUGCACUGUUACAAUUUGGUUUGGCAACCUCUCACAAGAAGACCUCUUUACACCUGCGUGUGGAGUUCUGUGAUCCAUUGAAACUCGGUUCGCUCAACUGUUACCAUUUCACUAGGAACACAUACCUCAUCUCAGUGACAGGCGGGGUGUUAAAAGCCAUAAUGACAGAUACUGUAGCUUUAAAGCAAAAAAUCCUCCCUGGCCUCUACUCAAAAGUCAAAUGGAAAAAACCUUAAAACCUUGGGUCUUGCUUGAAGCUAGCAAAUGCCCCUGAAACACUAACUGUGGUUGUAUUUUUGUUCAGUGUGUAUAAUGCCCCAUGAACUUAGUGUCUGCCUUUCCUAAAAGUUACGUUGGUUGUCCUUUUUUAACAGGCUCUGCCUAUGAAAUUAAUGAAUGUUAUUAAGGAAUUUAAUGUUCAAUUAUGGAUUUUUCUAUAUUGUGCCACUAACCUGCACAAACAACAUUCAUCUUGUGUCUUCCUUACGCCAGGAGGUAGAUGAAUUGCAUUCGUUGCACUUGCUGUGGCACAUGUCUCACUGCAGUCAUGGUUUUUAGGCUUGAUAUGCUUAAGGAAGAAAGCUUCUCUGUGCAGAUGCUUGAAGUGCAGGAUAUGUUACCACUACAAUUUUUGCUCUGAAAUGUCAUGUAUUUAAAGAAAAGAACUGAUUGCCAAGCCCAAUUGUAGUUUAUAUUUUUCUAGCUGUGCAAGUCUGUAAAUAUAUAUAAAAAAAAUUGUAAUAUUUUGUACAAGAAAAACACUGGAAACAAAGGGAACUUUACAGAAACUUUUUCACACCAAAAUGUCCUAUGUAGGUAGAAAUGGUUUGGAGUGCAUUAAGGUAGCUGACAUAUUUGGAGCAUCUGAAUGUUGGGAGUGUUUCAGCUCUGCUGUAUACAGGAUUAGCAUUCCCUUAGAUUGCUGUCUGGUUUGAAUUGUCAUCACUGCAUUCUUUGCUAUGUUGCUGUACAGAUCUGUUUAAAAAAAAAAAAAAGUAACAACUUGGCAUUAAUACUGCAGUGGUGUUCUCUCUCAAUUUUUUUUUGCUCCUUUUUAGAUUUCUCACAUAUUUAAAAUUUUGCUCAAGUAAUUUAAGCUGACUUAAUAUUCUUAAACACAUGCCCUCUAAUGUAUAUCAUUUUAGAUAUGUAUUGAGCUGGGAUUUAUUGCUGGCAGAGAAGAUACUUGCCAGGAAAAUGUUGAUGUAGUCAGUCCUCCGAAGUUUUUUCAGGUGGAUUCAAGGAUGUCCUUACAUCCUAUGAGUUAACGCAUCAGUGCAUCACGCAUUUGGAUAGCUGCCUACAAAAGCAUUUGGUCCAAUCUCUUCUGAUAUGGUAUGGGUUAAUCCUUUUGAGUUCUCUCCUAUUCGGCGCUUAUGAUUUAAUGUUCAUGUUUGCAAUAACAUCCAAUGAAAACUAAAUUUGGUAACUCCGUUAAAUCUAUAAAACAUAUAUCCUCUUGGAAUGUUUCUUUCCAUUUCAAUUAAAGCUCGAAUUUUAAGCCG